GGCAAAGAGGGGAGUGGGCUGAGCCAGAGGGAGGAGGGAAGCUCCUAUCUCCUAAUAAAGCGAGUGCAUGUGAAAGGAGGUGCUGAGAAACGUUAGACUGAGCAGAGAGCUGCUGCGUUGCUGGAGAGAGAGAGCGAGAGAGGAACAGAGAGAGAGAGAGGAAGAGAGAGGCAAAGAAUAGAAAGAGCAUUGUUUUACUGCUGAAAAAGAACCCAUGUCUGCACAAAGAGAGAUGAAAGAGAAGAACCCCUGGCCUGUGACCAUCAUCAUCAUUGUGAUUGGUGUCAUAGUGAUUGUUGCCUUGGUGACGGUAGCGGUUUUGCAGAAUAUGCCCCUCUCCCAAAAGUACAAGUAUGGGAUCGUGCUGGACGCUGGAUCCUCCCACACGGCGCUUUAUAUCUACGAGUGGCCGGCGGAGAAGGAUAACAACACUGGACGAGUUCAACAGACACACGUCUGCAAAGUCCAAGGUCCAGGUAUUUCCUCCUAUGCAUCGGAACCCUGGAAAGCGGGGGAGUCUCUGAUGGCAUGCAUGCAGGAGGCCCAGCAGCGGGUGCCCGGCAAAAGACAUCUGGAGACCCCUCUUUACCUGGGGGCAACUGCAGGAAUGAGAUUACUCAACAUGGAGAACAGCUCGGCGUCGGAUGCCGUCUUUCGGGCCGUGGAGCGGAGCCUGCACACGUUCCCCUUUAACUUUCAGGGAGCUCGAAUCCUGAGCGGCCAGGAGGAGGGCGCCUUCGGCUGGGUCACCGUCAACUACCUGGCGGAUCGUCUUGAACAGGGCUUGGAAACCACAGGUGCUCUUGAUCUGGGCGGGGCCUCCACCCAGAUUAGCUUCGUAUCCAGUAAUUACGAUGGAUCGGAGUCGCCGAGCAACUCUGUCACCUUCCGGCUCUACGGAAACAACUACAACCUGUACACCAACAGCUUCUUGUGCUACGGCAAAGACCAGGCGAUGAAACUGCUGCUAGCACAGCAGACCCUGUUAGCUCCAAAAACAAUAGUAGAUCCCUGUUUCCACCCCGGCUACAGCGAAGCCGUGUCCUACUCAGGCCUCUACGACAGCCCCUGCGUGUCGAACAGGAAACCCCAGGGAGCUCCUGAAGCCUUCAAUCACACAGGGAGCGGAAACUUCCUACAAUGCCAGGACGUCGUCAAAAGUAUCUUCAACUUUACAUACUGCAAAUACAGCCACUGCUCUUUUAACGGGGUCUUCCAGCCGCUCUUGCAGGGGCAUUUUGGGGCAUUCUCUGCUUACUACUUUGUCAUGGACUUCCUGAACCUGACUGACACAUCCAUCCCUCUGACAAAGGUCAAGGAAGUCAUAUCGAGCUACUGCGCUACCCCUUGGGAUGAGGUAAAACGACAGCAUCCUGGUGUCAAAGUGAAGUACCUGGCUGAGUAUUGUUUUGCUGGAGCAUACAUCCUCACGCUGCUGACAGAAGGGUACAACUUCACCUCAGACAGCUACACCCAAAUAGAGUUCAUAAAGAAGAUAAAAGGCAGUGACGCAGGCUGGACGCUGGGCUACAUGCUGAACCUGACCAACAUGAUCCCAGCGGAGGCUCCCGACUCUCCCCCGCUGCCCUACGCGGGCUACGUCUCCUUCGUCACCGUCAUGGCCGUGCUCCUCUUCGUCCUCGUCAUCGUCAGCACGCGGCGCUUCUGGCUUCGCUGCUCCAAGCGGCCGCAGAUCGUGUAAACAUACGCUGUGUGAGUGUGCGGCGAUGAGGGAAUGCUGUGAGUUUGUGAAGGUGCUGGAACAGGCAACCUUUCCGUUUUUCCGGCCGUCGUGGAGAGGUCAAAGGUCAACACCUGCUGCACAUCAACCGUCACGCAGCUUAUGAACUCAAGGACAUUUCUCUUGCAGAGGAUGGAGCUCUGCUGUCAGGUUGAAGGACAGAUCCUGUUUGUGUGUUUGAGCUUGAAUGUUGAAAUAGAGUGAACAUCUGUGUGAUGUAUGCACGUCUGUCUGCAUGUCUGUUAAAUGUAUAUGAUCAUGUACAAAUAAAAUAUCUCCUGUUUACA